AUGUUCAUCCUACCCGAAAACGACAAACUCCAUGGCUACGAAAACUACCCCGCUUGGAAAAUACUCAUGGGGAUUAAUGGGAGACCUAGAGGACUACACAAAUACUGGGAGAAUAAAGUCGUCGUCCCUGUGGGACUAGACGGUCCUAUCCCUACCAGCGAUCCUACAACCGUAAUCGAAAAACCAAUCGACAUUUCCGCAACAACUCCUAUUGCCACUCAGACUUCUGAGAAGUCGACUCCCCUCCUAUCAACCACUCCAACUCUACUCAAAUACGAACUCCAUGAAAAUGUGGCAUUAUCAUCAGUGCGCCACCAAGGCACAUGUCGCAUGUCUGAGGGGGCGGUUGUUGCAGGUGCAGGAGGGCAUAUAGAGAAAAUGCGUACCUUGCGGAAACUUGCAAACAAUACCAGCGCCAAUAUCAAUAACGAGCACUUCAUCACCAAGCUUCUCAACUCCUUCCCUGAAUCAUGGGAUGCUGUCAUCAACAGCAUGUACAGCGAAAAGGACCUCAAUACCGUGAUCAUGAACCUAACAACCCACGUCGAACGACUCAGUAUUCGUGAGGGAAAGUCCAAAGAUCCCGAUAUGCCUAUGCCGCCUUCUAUCGACACUGUUAAAGCGCUUGAAGCAACCAUUCUCGCAUUACAAGCCGAGAUGAAAACUUUCAGACCUUUCCAACACCAAUGUGGAACGACGAACCCAAGUAAAGCUCAUUUGAUAUGUGCAAACUCACUUUGUGGGAAGGUCGGCCAUCUUAUGGAGGAUUGUUUUGGACCCGGAGGCGGGAAGGCUGGACAAUACCCCCCCUGGUACAAGGGAAAGCGGGCUACUGCAAGCGCAAACUUAACAACAUCGACAACGUCAUCUACAUCAUCUGGGUCCACAACCCCUGGUACUCAUUGGGCAUUAUCUGUGACGUUUAACUACCAAGAAAUUGAUACCCUCAUCUGCGAAAAUGCUGAAACCGACCAGACCGCCUCAACCGAAAACCGCUUCAUAUUACCAGGUGCGGUAACCAACAAUAUCAAGAGGCUUGUUGAUGAGAACACUGCCGUCGAACGUAAAAUUGCCCUUGCCGCUGCUGCUAAUCCUGAGGCAAUUGGGAUCAGUUCCGCAUGUGUUGCAGACUCGGGAUGUACAACUUAUUUCUUCAAGUCUCGAAAUGUCUUCUCCAUUUACAAAUCCCUCGACAAGACAAUCGGUCAAUCGUCGAUGGUAGGAGCAAAUUUCAGAGUCCUAGGAAUGGGAACAGUGGAGAUAAAGGUCGUACAUGAGAACGUCGAACACACCUUGGUUUUUACCAAUGCCCUUCAUGCCCCCGACGUCACAGCCAACCUCAUCUCAAUCAGUAGAAUGGAUCUCGCUGGUUGGGAGGUCAUAUUUGGAAAACAAAAGGCACGGUUCUUCAUGGGGAAAAGGGAGAUUUUUGGAGGGGUAUUGAAGGACGGACUGUACACUGACUGGGCAAAAAGAAUGUCCCAUCAUUUUUUGGACAAACCAAAAAGGUGUAGAUUGUACAUACCAAGUCUGGGGAUGAACAAGUGA